GCUUUUUUUCCCCCCCAGCCUCUGCUCAGAGAGAAACUCUGCGCGUGAAAGAAACGAUCGACUAAGGAGGCAGAGCACCAUGGAUUUUUACUCCCACUACGAACAUCUCUGUGCCCUCCAAGGCUCUGUCCCGCUAAAAUCAGUGAAGCCUUACCUGAGUCGGGUCACUCUUGAUUUAAAUGCAGAUCGCAUCAAGGCAGCUGACUGGGCCCCGCUUCUGGAUGCAGUCAGGCAUAAUAAGACUUUGACUUCUGUUGGAAUCAGGAGUUUUCAUCAGCAGGGUCUUGGAGAAUCAGGUGCUGAAAGACACAAAACCUGCUAUAGAAGGCGUAUUCCAGCAAUCCGAUCAAAAGAUUUGACGGGUCAAUUAUGUAAAGCCAUCAGAGGGUGUCUGAGUAUAUCAAGCGUUCUAAAAAAUUUGGAACUUCAGGGUCUGCUUCUGCGAGAGAGAGAUCUAAUACUUUUAACAGAGGGGUUAGCAAAGACAACAUCUCUGGAGAGUCUGUCUUUAGCUCAUUGUCCAAUUGGAGAUGGAGGACUGGAAACAAUCUGUCAGAGUGUGAAGAAUUCUACCACCAUCAGAUCUAUAAAUUUUACAGCAUGUAAUUUGACUUGGCGGGGAGCAGAACACCUGGCCAAUGUUUUAAAGCACCAGGCACUGAAAAGACAUGGUGAAGCAUGGGCUGAAAGCUUGCGCUAUAGGAGGCCUGACCUUGACUGCAUGGCAGGCUUGAGGCGCAUCACUCUCAAUUGCAACACACUUGUUGGUGAUCGAGGGGCUAGUGCUUUUGCAGAAUGUAUUGGAGAGGACCUGUGGCUGAAAGCACUUGACUUGCAGCAGUGUGGAAUUUCCAGUGAGGGGGCAAAAUCGUUGUUAGAUGCUCUUCAGGCCAACACAACAUUAGUGGUACUGGAUAUAAGAAAAAAUCCAUUAAUUGAUGACACUUUGAUGAAAGCAGUUAUUGAAAGAGUUCUCAUCAAUGGAAACAAUACUAAUUCAGAGUACAAGUGGCUAACAUCUCCCUCUUCAAAGGAUGUUUUGAAAAGUAAACCAAAGAAAAGAACAAUUGUCCUAGGAAGUGGUCGGAAAGGAAAAGCUACUAUUCGUAUUGGAUUAGCAUCAAAAAAAUCUGUAAGUCCUGGAAAAAAGACUCCACUGGGUAAAGAUGGUUAUUCUCCCAAACCGUUACCACCAGGUGCAGAUGGUUUCCUGCCUUGGCGUACCGCAGAACGUGCAAAAAGAUGCAGGGGAUUUCCAGUGGAUAGUACCCAUGAGUUACCACUGAAGAUCCAGCAGACAGGCAUUCCUGUGAAAGUGACAGUGGAAAGUGCUUCUACUUCUGAGACUGAGGAAACGGAAGGGAUUUUAGAGGACGUUAUGCAUGAUCCUGAUAUAACAAAGUCUGCAGAUAAAUUGAAUGUAAAACAAUAUCAGCAGUUACAGAUGGAGUUGGAGGAAUGCUUGCUAAGAUUAAAGGAAGAAAGAAGAGCAAGAGUAAAAGCAGAUGAAAGGAUAAUGGAGCUAGAAGUUGAAAAUGCCAGAUUAAGGAACCUGAACUUCUCUCUGUCAGAAGUACUUCAUGCACAAUCAGUAACUAAUAUGAUUUUGGAAGAUGAAGGUGUUCUUGGCAGCAUUGAGAAUUCUUUUAAAAAGUUUCAUGCUUUUUUGGAUCUUCUUAAAGAUGCUGGACUUGGUCAAUUUGCUACAAUAGCUGGGAUAGAUCAAUCUGAUUUUGGUUUGUUGGGUCAUCCUCAAAUGAAUUCUACUCUUCGUAAACCUGCUAAUGCAGCAAAGGAGAAGUCAUUUGAAGAAGAAAGACAAGAGCGCACAGUGAAUAACAAAAAUGCUGAUGGAGAUAUAGUUUCUUUUUCUGGCCUCAUCCAGGCCCAUGGGCUUGUGAAUAAUGCCUUUGUUGUUUCCAGAGAAAUGGAAGGACUUCAGGUUGCUCUUCCACAACAGCAAGGCUUAUGGGAAGAAUGUGAAGUUCAAACAGAUAAGCAGCAAAAGGAAGAAGAAACAUCCAAAAGCAGCAGGCUAACGUCUUCAGACAAGAAUGUCAGACAAAGUGAACAGACAAAAGGGUAUUUCUCAAAGAAGCCAUCAAUUACUAGUCAGCAUUCAGUCUCUGAAUCUAGUCUUAAUCUGAAUAGUAAGGGUAGCAAAAAAUCCAGUGCUCUUUCUAGUGAAAAAAGUAGAAGCCGAUCCUCGAAAAAAUAUCCACAUAGAACAAAGGAAAUAGAAAUUGCAACUGCUGAAGCCAGAGGAGAUCAACAUGUACCCAAAACAGAUCAUUCAAAAAAUGACACUAUAGGAUCUGAUUCAGAAAUACAAGAAAGUAUCCAUUCUGUGGCAAGCAUUUGAAAUGGGUGUAAAGAGAAAGUUCAAAAUGUUUUCCUUAUAGAGAGAGAAGGAAUUUUAAAAGAUUUAUAUUCCUGACGCCUAAACUAGUCGGAUUUUUUGGCAAGAAUGUAUGGUUCAAAAUUGUAUAGAACAAUUCCACAUGCUGUUUAGCAUUCCCAUUUCAUGAACACAGGUUUUUGACACAGAGUUUUUUGUGUUGGCCAAAAAAAAUGAUAAAUCAUUAGAAAGAUACCCUUUGGUAUUUAGUAUGAGAUUAUAAAGCUUAGGUGAUAUGUGGGCUGUUGAUUUACUAUUGGUACAGAUUUUGUUAAUGAAGUUUUUUACAAAAUAAAAUGAAAUAGAUUAAUAGUUA